AUGACUUUCAGACGAACCCUGGCCGCUGCUCUGGUCGCUGUGCCAUUUAUCACUUGCCACCCUACGCGUGAGAUACAUCCCCGUUAUCCUGCGUCAGAAACGAAAAAGAGCUGGUGUCUAACAUUUACGCCAGCUGCUAAUUCCAUUGACCGUAGUGGCUAUGAUGAGCAUAGUAAUAUCGUCGUCUUCAACUACGAAGUCGAAUCCGCCGUUCAUGUGCCCGAGGUUGUUGUUUGGGACGAUAACGAUGAGGUUGUAACCUCGAACCCGACAAUUCUGCGUCUUCCUCCCAAAAUGGCGUCGAAUUACGUGACUGGAAAUUUGCACCCAACUGCCGAACCAACCAUUACUACGACCAUGACAUCCUUGAUCACGCAGACCGUGACCGUGACCGUGCCUGCCCCGACUCAUUCGCCAUCUGGUAUCCCGGUAACACCCCCCAGAGUGAAUUCUACAGAACUCUUUGGUGUCUCGUAUACCCCCUACCGUGCUGACCACGGAUGUAAGAGUCAGGAAGAUAUCGACGAUGACAUUGACAAAAUUGCUGGACAGUACUCUGUCAUCCGUGUCUACGGCACAGACUGCGACCAAGUCGCCAUGAUGUACAAGACUGCCAAGAAGACGGGAAUGAAGCUGUUCCUAGGUAUCUGGGAUCCUUCCACUGUUGAAGACGAAGCCCACAAGAUUAUUUCUGGUAUCAACGGUGAUUGGAAUAUGGUUCACACUGUCAGUGUUGGUAAUGAGCUGGUCAAUAAUGGCCAGGCAUCCCCCAGCCUUAUUAUCAACGUUAUGAGAUCUGCCCGAUCCAUGCUCCGCGCGGCAGGUUACCAGGGUCCGGUUGUGACUGUUGAUACCUUCAUGGCGGUUCAGGCUCAUCCCGAACUAUGUGACGCUUCAGAUUACUGUGCCAUGAAUGCUCAUCCGUUCUUCGAUAGUACCACCACUGCUUCCUACGCAGGACGUUGGUUGGUCAAAACCAUCGAUCGCGUCAAAUCUGUUCUGUCAACCUCAAAGAGAGUUAUCAUCACCGAGACUGGAUGGCCAACCAAGGGGCUUACCAAUGGUGUUGCUGUGCCAGGCCUCGCUAACCAGAAGAUGGCUUUGGAUUCUAUACAAGAGGCUUUCGCUGCCAGUCCCGGUGAUAUCAUUCUUUUAUCCGCUUUCAAUGAUCUCUGGAAGACGAAAGCUGCAUCGACAUUUGAUGCUGACCAAUUUUGGGGAAUCAACGGUGCUGUCGCCAAUUGUGAUUUAUAA